CUGAGCUGAGUCUGCAACUGAUGAGCUGCUUGUUUGAGUGAUCAGUGUUGGUUGUGAGGAAACAUCCCAGAGUGCAGUCACGCUCCCAAAGGGCCUGAGGGGGAGGGUGGAGUGGGGAAUACAGGGCUCUGUGAGUAACUAGAACAUUCUCUUUCUGUUACUGUAUAAUGGCCACACUGAAAGGAGCUGUGGACAGGAAUUUGGAUAUCCUCCUACAACUGAGUGAAGUCUUCUCCCAGAGACAGGAGCAAGCUAUGUUCCAGUUGGCAGUGAACUUCGAGAGCUGCAGGAAGAAAUGGAAGUGCACAGAGGAGCAGUUUGUGACCUGUCAGAGUCAGCUGGUUAAGGCUGAGCUUGAGUUGACAGCUCUCAGGGUGAGGUUUAAACAUGCCUGUAACCAGCUGGACGUGGAGUUGAGGAGGAGACACAAAGCCGAGCUCGCCUGCGAGCAGCUGGAACGCAGGCUGCAGUUGGUCCAUGAUGUUCUGAAGAGUGAAGCUCCCGGCACAGCGUUGCACAGUGAAGAUCGUCAAAACCUCCUCCAAGCUCUGGCUGCGCACACUCAGCCUGAGCGACAGGCCCACACCAGGCUCCAAGCUGUUGAUGAAACAGUGACCUCCAAUAUCUCCUGUUCCAGCAUCAGUUAUGACCGGACACGUGACGAGAUGUUGGAUUUGAAUAUUUCUGCAGUGAAGCCGGUAACAGCGAAGAUACGGGACAAACGGCGUUCCAGCCGUGUCCUAGUCGAUCGCCCACCAGUUGCUCCGAGGAGAUCCCGCUCUCGCUCCUUUGACCAACUUGUGGACUGUGUGGGCUCCGCACUGGGCAGUGAUACAAUGGAUGGUAAAGCAGGAAGUGAGGGGAAGGUGCAUCGUGACUCCCCAAGGGGAUUGGCUUGUCACAGCCAUGCAGACUGGAACAGACGGCGCCUCCUGUUGGAAGACCAGAUCCCAGAGGACCACACUGUGGGGAGUGGGCACCAGCUGGUGACUGCCCCAGGUCCUGUAGCACCGUCUCCUGACCCAUUCUCAACGCCGGCGAGUGCCCCCAAGAGCAGGCCGCACACCUUCACCUCCAAAACGAUCAUCAUGCCGGAGACCUGUGUUCCCUGUGGGAAACGGAUCCGGUUUGGGAGAAUGGCUCUGAAGUGCCGCAGCUGCAGCAUUGUUGCCCACCCGAGCUGUAAGGAGCGGUGCCCUGCCAUUUGUUCACCCAACUUCACCACAAUCUCUGUCAAAAACGGUGAGGGAGCUGUUGGAGAUUUUGCCCCCCAGACUGUUCCCAUGAUCCCAUCUCUUGUUGUCCACUGUGUCAAUGAAAUUGAACAGCGGGGACUUCAGGAGCCUGGCAUUUACCGGGUACCUGGUGGUGAGCGGCUGGUCAGGGAGCUGAAGGAGAGUUACGUGCGAGGGAAGGGUCUCCCUUUACUCAGCCGAGUCUCCAACAUCCAUGUGGUGUGUGGGCUACUGAAAGACUUCCUCCGAAAACUGAAGGAGCCGCUGGUGACAUUCAAACUGCACCCAAACUUCAUGGCACUGUCGGUCAUCAGGACAGUUUGCAAGAAUACCAAGUUAAAGAGAACCUACUGUUAUCUCUCCGAUGAGCAGAGCAGCAGGGAGUUGUGUCGAGCUGUCAGCAGCCUACCCCCAGCUAACCGUGACACACUGGCCUUUCUCAUGGUCCACCUACAGAGGGUGAUGGAGAGUCCAGGAUGUAAAAUGGACAAACAGAACCUGGCCAGAGUUUUUGGCCCAACCAUCGUGGGUCACUCCAAUCCUAACCCCAACCCUCUGGAGGUCUUUGAGGACACCAAACGGCAGCCAAAGGUGGUGGAACAGCUUCUAUCGCUACCCUCUGAUUACUGGAGCCGGAUAGUCCCUGUGGCACCCAGUAACAGUGAACCAGCUCCUACCUUAACUGGGCAUGUGUUUAAACCGUUGACUUCCCCGGAAGCAGCCGAGAUCAUGAAUCGAUCUCCUGGGUGCUGGAUGGCCCCUGGGAUCCUAGCGAUCUCUGGAAAGAUAUUCCCUUCACCAACACUGUGAGCUAAACCAGAAGCGAGUGAGAAACUUGUCAGAAUCUUCGCUGAAUGUUCACAAUGCCCC